AAAAAAAAAAAAAUGUCUUACGUGAUUGAAUCUUCUAGACUUGGAUAGUGUUGGUGCAUUGACUUGAUUGCACACAUACAUCUUCCUCAACCAUAUAUAAGAAGGGAAGGAGAGAUCAACCUGCUUGCUCUAUCAAACAACCUCUCACUUUCACCAAAAAUGACUCUCUUUCAAGUCACCAGAAUAACACAAGCUCGGGUCCUUUCCCACAGUGGAGCAACGUCUACUCGUAUCCUGCAUUCUUCUGCUCGGGUUGGACGUGGUAUUUCGAUCGGAGGAGGAAAUGCUCAAUCGGGAUCUGGAUCUUCAAGCAAAAGCACAAGUGGUGGAAGUCCAUUCUCUGCUUUACGUGAUGAACUGAAAAAGCAACCGUCAAAGGAACAGCCUUCCACAUCGCAAGAAGCACGCUUUGAAGCUAUUCGUCAAGAUACACAGACAAGUACAAGUGCUGGUAGCAGUGCUACAGCUACAGAGAAAGCAGUUGAAGAAAAUGCACCUUCUACACCGCAAGAAGCAGAACUAGAGUACAACAAACAAGCACAAAAGCAAGAAUUCCAACAAUCUCGUGAUGAAACAUGGACUGCAAUGUCAGAACGUAUCCGUUUAGCACAAAAAGAAGAACAAAAACAGGAAGAACAGGCAAAAGCUGCAGUAAGGAAAACAUUGAAACAGAGAGCUUCAACCGCUCAAAAAACUACCACAAGAGCACCACCAAAAGUUGACAGUAGUCGAAUAUACUCGUUUGAUAAUACUAUCGAUGCACAAAUGUUCGUCAACGGAGUUACCUCCACCCUAAUUCAACAGAGCCCUACAUGGCAAGGCAGCAUCACCUUGCAACGCACAUCACAGGGACAUGCGACUGUAGACAUGCAUUUGGCAGAAGGUAGUGCAUUGGCUCAUUCUCUAGACAGAUUAGCUGCACGCUUCCAAUCGUCCUCAAGCAAAUCACAACCCUCGACUGUAGGACAGAGAACGCAGGCUUUCCGUGCUGGCUCAAUCCCACAAGCCAGUCAGAGUGCAUCGGUGAUGUCUGGCGAACAUAGCGAUUCGUCUUUGCACGAAACCAUUGAUGGACGUGUUCCGGUCACAAUUCAAGGUGAACAAGUACCGGGAAACAAGCAAGAUUCGAUCGAGGCAAGAACAGGAAAUGCCAGUCAAGGUCCAGUAGGUCAAGCAUUAGGCGUUUCUGAUUCUCAUCCUACUUCUCCAAUCGAAGAUCAUACGCCUGUGCCAAAUUUGCACAAUCAAUCCAAGCGGGAAUUCGCAACUUUGUUCGGAAGUGGUAGCGGAGGCUUACACUCUGGAUCACAGUCUUUAGCAUCGCUCGUUGGACUUGGUCGUCGUCCUUCCAGUGGACAUGCGCUCUUUGGAAAUCAAAAACGUCUUUUAGCCACUUCACAUCUAAGUAUUCAACUUUCACAAUCUACUUGGUCACAGAUCAUGAAUGAAAGAGAAUACUUACGUGUGGAUGAUUAUAUCCCAGUCGAAAUUGACGCUUCACAAUUGGGCAAAAAGCGUUCUAUUGCAUCUCUGUAAAAGGGAGUUGUCUAUCUUGCUUGUAAUACUUAUAUAAUCUUCGGUCACACUUGUCAUCGGUCAUUUGCAAAUUUUAUUUUAUAGACUAUAUCAUUUCUCGAAUCAGACUGAUGUACAAAGGUGACUAUCAUGAAUAUUAUGUGUAAUUUUUCCCGGUCAUUGGAUCAAAUUGGCAAAACGUAUCGCUUCGUUUGCAUCACAUUUGCCUUUGCCGCCGUUAAAGGUGUUGAACAUUGAUUGUUUGAAUAUCGUUUGGGUGACUUUGGCGUUCUUGGCGGUGGAGAUUUACUGGAGGGUGAAUGAGUGGGAGAAGUAGGAUUGCUAACCUUGUCUGUCUUUGGAGUGGAGACCAGUGGAGCAGGAAUGUUUCUGACCUGAUGCAUCGAAGAAGGUACAAACAUGGCAG